AUGUCCUCCCAAGUGUGUCAGAACUACCACAAGGACUGUGAGGAUGCUGUUAACAAGCAGAUCAACCUGGAGCUCUAUUCCUCCUAUGUUUACCUCUCCAUGUUCUCUUACUUUGACCGGGAUGAUGUUGCCCUGCGUAACUUUGCUGAGUUCUUCAAGGAGCAGUCCCAAGAGGAACAGGAACACGCUGAGAAACUGAUGGCAUUCCAGAAUAAACGUGGAGGUCGUGUCCUCCUGCAGGACAUCAAGAAGCCAGAGCAGGAUGAGUGGGGCAAUGGCUUGGAGGCAGUGCAGAGAGCUCUGCAGAUGGAGAAGGAUGUGAACCAGAGUCUGCUGAAUCUGCACAAACUCUCCUCUGAUCGCGUGGACCCUCAUCUGUGUGACUUCCUGGAGAGGCACUACUUGGAUGAGCAAGUGAAGAUGAUUAAGAAGCUGGGAGAUCACAUCACCAACCUGAAGAGACUGGGAGCCCUUGACAAUGGCAUGGGAGAGUACCUGUUUGACAGGCUCACCCUGGGGGAGAGUGACUGAACUGACUGCAGGGAGCAAGCUGCUUGUGUUUAUUACUGUGAAAUGUGUA